GAGAUGACAAUCCGCAAGUUUCAUUCCACCAAUAAUGCUACAGUCUUCUUUUGGACUUGUGAAUAUUCUGUCGAGAGUCGAGACCUUAAUGGCACCGAAGAACCCCCCCAACGAACAGUGUCUCGCACUGUAAAGAGAUGCCCUCCUCGUAAUUAGAUUAAUUUGCCAUUAAUGUCCAUUUCGGGAGUUAUAACUGAAGCUUGCAGUUCGACUUCAACAAUGGACUCAGACACAAGCAGCUGUACAGAGAGCCAGUCCCAGGCAGAGUCUGAUCAGCAAGUUCUAGCAACACCCAUGAGGCCACCACUCAACCUGAUAGAGACUGGAGGAGGCCUGAAGGUACAGACGACCACACCUCACCUGGUUAGCCUGGGCAGUGGCCGGCUCAGUGUUGCCAUCACACUUAUGCCCCUAAAUGAAGGUGUGACCCGAAUUGGCCGAGUGGAUGCGUCCGUACCUCAAGACAUCACUAUUGAGGGCCUGGGUAUAGAGGCAGAGCAUUGUCGUAUUAUAAACAGAGGAGGAGUCAUCACCCUUCACCCUUCUGGAAACCUGUGCUCACUUGAUGGAGUCCAUGUCUCAAAGCCAACAUUGCUGACACAAGGAUUCACACUCUGUCUGGGUAAAUCCUACUUCUUCCGCUUUAACCACCCUGAGGAGGCCAGACGUAUGAAGAGCAUGCAGCCCCAGAAGAGUCCUGUCGCCACUAUGGGCUACAGCUCAGACUGUGUAAAGACUGAGCACAGCAAUGGCGGCUCAGUGGGUGGCACCAUGAUGAGAGGCUCCCGAUCGAAGGCGGAGUUGCAGGACCUGAUGGAGACUCUGCAACGCCGGAAGAGUGCUCUAGAGGCUAGCCUGAGGGCCAGCGCAGAAUCUACCCGUACCUACCUCAGCCUGCCCCCUCCCAGCCCCCUGUCCCCCACGCCCCCCAGGAGUGCCGAGCGCCCCCCCUCCUCCAGAGGCCUCCCCUACAUGACCAGUAGUAGCAUGCCCCCCUCCCCUCGCCAGGGUGAGCGUCCUCUCAGCCCCAAACCGCCAUACACCCGCUCACGCCACCAAUCACAGGACAGCCUGCUCCUCUCUAGCUCCUCUGACAGGCAUUGCCCAAAUGUAGCCAGUUCCCUCCUAUCCAUGUGGAAUGGUUCCUGUUCCUAUGGGGAGCCUGCACACAGUCCUCCUCGGGGCCACAGUGGGGCGGCCAGCAUGCCCUCCAGCCCUCGCCUUGGUCGCAGGUUCUAUGCCCAGGGCCGGAACGGGGACAAUGGUAUGGACCCUGCGCCACGUCAGAGGAAGUACUCUACAGGGUCACUCAACGGCCUGGGCUCUACCCACAGCCGCUCUCUACCCCGCCUCCACCGGUCGGCAGACUCCACAGCCCUGUCCCUGCCCCCACGCCGCUCCAUGGGCUCCCACAGAGGGGAGAAGGGUUCUGUGUCCCUGUCCUCCAAAACGAGGCGCAGCCUGUCUCCUCUGGAGCGGCCGCCAGACGUAACAGUGCUAGCAACCGCCAGCGUACCGGGUACUCCCCGCAGGGCCAGCCUGGCCUCUCUGGCCUCGCUGGGCUGUGAACUGGAGCAUGGGGGCCUGCGGGGCUCCUCACCCUGCCUGGACCUGGGCUUGGGGGAGAGGAGGCAGUCCUUUGGGAAGGGUGGGCUGGGGCUGAGAUCAAGAAGAGGCAGCAUCAGCUCUCUGAAUGGGAAGGAGGAGCUUACAGACUACCACAAGCACCAGAGAGACGAGAGGCUCAGAGAACAAGAGGUGCAGAGACUGGAGCACCAGCGGCUGGAGACCAUCCUGAGCCUGUGUACUGAGCUGGUCCAGGACCAGGGUGGCUCGGCCAUCUCCGACCUGCAGAAGAUCAACAAGGAGCUGGAGAAGCUGCAGGAGUCUGAUGAUGAGUCAGUGUUCUCUGACUCCCCCGGCAGCGUCAGUGGCACCGCCCCGGAGAACGGCUUUGGCACCAAAGCCCGGGAGUACCAGCUGGCUGAGAUGCGGCAGGUCCGCCAGCACCGCCACAGCGGGCACAGAGAAGCCAGGGAUGCCAGGGCCCAGUCACCUGCUGUCAGCCUGCGCAGCAUUGUCCCCUCACCCUCCCCUCACCACAGAGCCAGGCAGCAGGCUACGGAGGACGUGCAUCUGAAACAGGAAGUAACACGUAUCGAGGAAGAGAGGAUCCAGGUGCUGAACAACAUAGAAGAGUUGGAGCAGAAGAUCAAAGACCUGCACAACCAGAUGGAGGAAUCCAUCAGAGAGAUGGAGGUGGAGCGGGCUCUGCUGGAGGGAGAGCAGGACUCUGAGAUGGCCCUGCUACAUAGGGAGAAGGAGGUACUGGACCAACUCAAUGAGAAGAUUGGCAGCAUUGACAAGACUGUCCUCACAGACAAGUCCCAGGAUGUUGAGGUGCUGGAGGCGGAGAGGAAGCGUAAUGAGGACCUGGAGAUCCAGCAGCUGGAAAGAGCGAGUGGUCAGGACGAGGGGAAGGAGGGUCAGACCCAGCAACUACUCAGAGAGAUAGCAGAUUACCAGCGUAGUACUGUCACACGCAAGGAGAGACUCCUGACCCUGAAGAAGCAGUCUACACAGAUUACUCAUCAGUCUCAGCGAGAGAAGGACAGCUUCCUAAAAGAGAAGAACAACCUGCUCCUGAUGGUUCAGAGGGAGAGGGAGAACCUGGCUUCUCUGGAGAGGAAGUAUGCUGAACUGACUGGAGGGCAGGCCUUCCCAAACAACCCUGUUGCCAUGAAGGAGCACUUCCGCUUUCUAGAGGAGAGGAGGCGGGGCAGUAAGGAGAACUCCUCCCACCUCAAUGACACUCUGCCACGUAAGAGGAGCCAGCAGGCCCUCAGUCACUACAGCAGCUCUACCCUGGGCCGCAGCCUGUCCCCUAAGUCCCACCUGCCUCUUUCCCAGAGCUCCAGCUGUGGUAGUAUCAUCCCCCGGAGCCUCUCUAUCUCUCCCAGAGUUCUGGAAACUCGACGCCUGCUCAAGGCAGACCAUAGCCACCUGUACAUGAGUGAGAACAGACAGAGACUGGUUGACCUGUGUAGCAGGACCGUGUCUGAGUCCAAUGUCUUCCUGGACCCCUUCCACUACGCAGACAAUGGCCAUGGCUUUGACACACGCAGUAUGGACAGCUCUGACAGCAUGGAGACCAGCAUCUCUGCCUGCUCCCCAGACAACAUCUCCAGUGCCAGCACAUCCAACGUAGGAAAGAUUAAGGAGAUGGAACGUUUGUUACGAGAAGCCCAGGCUGACAAGCAUCGACUCCUUGAGCACAAGGAGCGUGAGAUGGAGGUGCGUAGGCAGGCCCUGGAGGAGGAGCGCAGGAGAAGGGAGGACCUGGAGAAGAGACUGCAGGAGGAGACCAGCAGGAGGCAGAAAAUGAUCGAGAGGGAGGUGAAGUUACGCGAGAAACAGAGGGCACAGGCCCGGCCGCUGACACGCUACCUCCCCCAGAGGAAGGAUGACUUUGACCUCCAUGGUCACAUCGAGGCAGCUGGACACAACCCAGACAACUGCUACCACCUGGCCAUCACAAAUAAAACCUGCAGAGGGUUCCUGGUCAAGAUGGGUGGUAAGAUCAAGACCUGGAAAAAACGCUGGUUUGUCUUCGACCGGAACCGCAAGACCCUGGCCUACUACGCAGACAAACAUGAGGUCAAGAUGAAAGGGGUCAUAUACUUCCAAGCUAUAGAAGAGGUUUACUAUGACCAUUUAAAGAAUGCACACAAGAGCCCCAACCCAUGUCUGACGUUUAGUGUGAAGACCCAUGACAGGGUGUACUACAUGGUGUCUCCCUCCCCUGAGGCUAUGCGCAUCUGGAUGGACGUCAUCGUUACAGGGGCGGAGGGAUACAUGCAAUUCAUGGUCUAAACCAGUGGCGGCUGGUGAUUGGCUGAAUGCCCGGGGCGCGAGGUGGUUGGAGUUGUCAACAAAGCAGCAUGACAUAUGAUGCCAAGUUUUCGAGCUUCUGGUAGUUUCUUUGAGAAGAUAUAUAAAGCAAUCUGUGCAUUUGAACAGCAGCAUAAAUGACCACUGCUGCACAUGCUUCCACUGUUUUGAACAGAUUAGAUUAUACUAUUUAGAAUGAGAAGCAGGUCACGAACGAACAAGAACGUAACAAGCAUGCAGAUGCAGGAAGUGAAAACACAUUAUCUAACUGGGGUAAUAUAGCUAAUAUACUGUCACAAAGCAUGAUGCGCUAGCCAGUUCAUUCUGAAUAUUUUCCAUAUUUCCGAGUUAGAUAUUAGUUUAGAAAGACCUGAAAUUGGCAUGGGAGCUAACUACCUAUCAAGUUACCAGAUAGCUAUAACUAGCUAGCUGCUUGUCAAAGGUAGAUAACUCGUUAAUUUUACAAAAAAAUCUACUAAUCUCUCAAUGUUUAUAAAAAUGACUGUAUCGAGCUUAAUGAAUUUGAUCAUGCUGUUUCAGUUCACACUACAUGUCGCCCUCUCACCUACAAGAGAACCAAAUGAACAACUGGGGGGGGACAAUACACUUGGCCUGCCACUGUCAUGCUUGUUUGUCCUACCAGAUCCCCAAUGAGAAAGUUCUAGCUAGUGUAUCCCUCUGUCUUUCGACACUUGUUGGAUGUAGAUGUCAGGUCCCAGGAUCCAAUGACUGUUAUGGUUAUUUAUUUACAAGUUCAUUACAAUUAGAUUGUUGCUUUGGCGCCAUCUGUACCUGAUAGAGCACACAUCUGUACCUGAUCUGGCGCGAGAGACUCAUUGGGAGGGAGACGAGAACAGACCCAGAAGUUCUGAUCGAGCACGCAUUUGAGUGCCCCAGGACAGUCCAUUAACUUUGUACUGUUAUAAUUUAUGCUAAGAAAUCCUGUGAUUUCAUUGGGGCAGUUCCCCCUCAUAGCAAAUAGCUGGCAAAACAAUAUAAGCAAUGUUUGCAUGGCAUAUGCACCCGCGAGGGACAGAGUAGUAAGUAACUUAACAGCUCGAUUUUAACAUUUUUUAAAUAGGAACAUGUACACAUUUACUGCACUUUUUUGAGCAUUUAAAACAUAAUUCAUGAAUUAUAUAAUAUAUACUGUACAUAUUUUUUAUACAAAUAUUUUUUGUUGACCAAUCAUAAUUGGGGCACCGCUCCUAACGCCCUAAUGGGCGGGCCGCUACUGGUCUAAACAACCCCCCAUCCUGACCACAGACUCUCAGAUGACUAACAAACAGGGAAUAUACUCUCCUCCAGUCCCAUCGGUGCCUAAAAGACAAAACAAGUUGACUGGUCAGGUUUGAGAACCUCUGUGACCCUUCUGGUUUUUAGCUUUGUAACCACUUUUAUGUCCGUCUAACUUCAGUGAGCCCAGCUCUCUCCUCCUCUUCCCGAUUCUGCUGAUGUAAUGGUCAUCUGAUACUUCUCAGUGUAGCAGGGAAGGACUUCCUCUGGAGGAGUGAGUGCCCAGUGCCGCUUGUUCAUUCGGAAAGGACUUACUCAGAAGAUUCUGAUACUUAUCGCUUUAUGUUUGGAGCCUUUUGGCACCUUAACAUGGUUUACCCUCAUGAUAUUUCAGGACUGUUAAUGACCCAGAGUCUAUGUCUGAGCUGUAUUAUGUAGUCUGAUAGGCUCACAGUGUACUAGAGAUUACUGCCCAUUCAGGACAAGAUACUUCUCUUCCAUUGUGUAGUCUGAUAGGCUCACAGUGUACUAGAGAUUACUGCCCAUUCAGCACAAGAUACUUCUCUUCCAUUGUGUAGUCUGAUAGGCUCACAGUGUACUAGAGAUUACUGCCCAUUCAGGACAAGAUACUUCUCUUCCAUUGUGGCGUAGUGAGAUUACACAUCGAAUCCUUUAAAGUAGUAUAUAUUAUUCAGUAGAAUCAUAGGAUUGAGGCUGCCAUUGGAUAUAAUGUUAUAAUAUAUUCCAUUUCACAGACGCUUUUAUCCAAAGCGAUUUACUGUCAUUCAUGCAUGUAUUUUACAUACGGGUAGUCUGGGAAUCAAACCCAUUACCCUGGCGUUGCAAGGCCCAUGCACUACCAAUUGAGCUAAUGCCUCUACUUCUCUGGGUUGAGAAGAGGACCAGGGCCUGGUUUCCCAAAAGCAUCUUAAGGCUCAAUGGUUCUAAAGAUGAAUUUAGCCUUAAGAUACGUUUGGGAAACCGGGACCAGAUUGAUUUAAGGAACACAAAGCUAUCCCAUCCUUUUCAUCAUCCAAAUUGAGCUGGCUGUUGAUUGGUCAACCAAAGCUCUCCCUCUGUUUAACUUCCAGCUGGACAGUCUCUUUUUUCCCUCAAACACUCCCUCUCUCUCCGGGGCCAAACCCUCCCGAGACUGUCUAGCAUCUGCACAGACUGAGAGGACAAUAUGUCCCUCCAGUGGAAAACCCAAGGUGAUGCACAUCACCGAUGUGUGACCUUUGUAUCCUGCUGUUGCUUAGGAACGUGGAGAUAACAGGGGAAACCCUGAAACACCAGGGACUUGAAGGAUUUGAAAGUACCUCUCUCAGCACUAUGUACCAAAGACAUACCAUGUCUGUAUUUAAUAUGGAAAUCAUGGAAAUGGAACCUUAAGGCUCCACAAAGGGCUACUUACCGGGUGUGGAAGGCAUUGACUGUGUGUGUGUGUGUGUGUGUGUGUGUGUACCUUUCGUGUGUGUGUGUGUACCUUUCGUGUGUGUGUGUGUACCUUUUUCGUGUGUGUGUGUGUACCUUUCGUGUGUGUGUGUGUACCUUUCGUGUGUGUGUGUGUACCUUUCGUGUGUGUGUGUGUGUGUGUGUACCUUUCGUGUGUGUGUGUGUGUGUGUACCUUUCGUGUGUGUGUGUGUGUGUGUGUGUGUGUGUGUGUGUGUGUGUGUGUGUGUGUGUGUGUGUGUGUACCUUUCGUGUGUGCCAU